CGCAGCGAGUCGGGCUGGACACAGACGGCGGAGUGGUUUUGUUUAUCAUCGACGCGAAGUUUUACCUUAGAUUUUACUUUUUUUUAACGAUUUCCUAAUACGAACCAACAUGAGUUUCGUCGACGUGAAAAACCUCCAGCCAACCAAUUUUGAAGACCAAUAUUACGACAAAUAUGAAUAUUACAACCUAACGGACAAAUACGCGGGUGGCGCUGCACGCAAAGGCCGAACAAAGAAGGAGGCCAGCGAGAACACCAACCGACCCAACCCUGGAGGCCAUGAACGCAAGAUUGUGGAGAAGCUGCAGAACUCCGAAAAAAAGGCCAAGGAGUGAAGCUGAGGGCAAAUCGGACGGCUAAUCCUGGCAACCGACCGUGGCCGCCUUGGCCACAGAUGGAGAUGGGCAGACGGCAUAGAGCAUGAGCCCUAAUCAGCAUGGUUAUCACGGGCAUGGGUGACGCACAUGGUGGCAAAUGGGGUGUCUCUGGCUUCACCAAGGGUCAUCGUCCUCGCUUGAUGAGCGAGGAGUGAUUUCAAGAGCAGACCCACGUGGGCCCUUACCUGAGUGUCACACUGUAUUGUCAGAUGGCCUGUAUUGGUGUCUACUUGCCAGUGGUCCUAAUGACUGUAAAAACAAGUGGCGAGCAACAGUAACGAUGGAAGCAGUUGUGUUGUUGUUGUUUUGUUUUUUUUCUUAUAAUUUUCAAUGAUUUGUUUUAAAGCAAACAAUGUUGGAAAAAUAAAUGCUUUAAAAAGUGA